AUGUCAGCUUAUGAUGAUCAUUCUAACAUCCCGCGAUCGUUCUCCAGCAUAGACGACGGCCUCAACCUGCUGCUGGCCGAGCUUAAAUCAGAGGAUGGUGCGCCGGGGUUCAGGGAGGGACCCAUCUCGCUCCAUGGCUUCACCCCUUUCCUCAAAACGGAGUCUCUGGGCCCCGAGUCACUAGCUGUCCGCUUGGCUGCCACCCCCGCCACCACCACAACCGCCGGCCAAACGGGGCCUCUACUGGCCACAGCCAGCAGCUACACCGUGCUCAAGGGCGGCGCCUCGGCCGCCACGCCCCUGGUCCUGCCCAACGCCUUCAUCCCCGUCCCGGCAGCCCUGGCGCCCGGCAGGGCGCUGGCCGCAUGCGGAGGCAAGCUGCGGCCGGGCGGCGGGCCGCCGCCGCUGCACCUCCUCCACCACUCAUCAGGCUCUGGAUCCUUCACCAUCCCCGCCUACGGGCGCCCAUUCACGCAGCUAGACUUCAUCACCACAGAUGACCUAGAAGACGGCGCGCCGGCCGGGGGUAUGCUGUGCCGCUACUGCCCCAGCGGCGGCGGCCUCACCGACUUUGCAGAACUGGCAGACGAGAGCCGGCUGGGGGAGCUGCCCACAGACGAGGAGCUGCGGCUGCUGCUGUUCGACCCCUCCGCCCCGCACGCCGCGCCGGCCGGCGGCGGCGGCAGCGGCUGCGGCGCCGGCGCCGGCGCCGCGCGCGCCGCGCUGCUCAUGCAGCUGCCGCAGCCCGCGGCGCUGCGGCAGCACGCUUCCAGCUACAGCAGCAGCGCCCCCGCGGCGGCGGCGGCCUUUGAGGCCCCCGCCGCCGCGCUGGCCGCCGCCGCCGCCGCCCGCCCGGCCUCUGUGCUCCGCAUCCGCACGGGGGCGGGCGCGCCUGGUGGCGCCGGCGCGCGAGCCGCCGCCGACACGGGCAGCCCGAAGCGUCGGGCCGACAGGAUGGAACUCGACCCCCUGGCACGGGACAGCCCCCGGGGGGGCAAGCGCCACAGCGGCGGCGCCGCAGGGGCGGUGGCUGCCACCUCUGGCAGCGCCUGGAGCGAGGGCACAGAGGACAGGGGAGGGGAGUCGCCCGGCAGUGGCGAGCUGGAUUCCAGCUGCCCGCACCACGCCUGGUUUACGGGCACCCAGCAAUGGGGCGGGGCCGUCGCAGCGGCGGGCGGUAGCAGCUUGCCGCCCUCUCGCUUCGGGCUGGAGCAUAGCCGGCGCCAGGGGGGGCGCACUGCUGCUGCCGCCGCUGCCGCCGCUGACCGAGCCUACACACCCGCCCGCCAGCGAGGCCGGGCAGCUGCGCGGCAGCAGCAGCAGUACCAGGCAUCCUGGGAGGAGGAGGAGGAGGAGGAGGAGGAGGCUGCGGCGCUGGCGGUGGCGGCGCAGCAGCAGCAGCAGCAGCAGCAGCAGUUCCGGGGCGUGAGCAGGCACAGGCUGACGCAGCGGUGGGAGGCUUCCCUGUGGCUGAACGGCCGCCAGCUGUACCUGGGCGGCUUCAACUCUCAGGCGAGGCGCCCUGAGGAUGCGGCCCACGCGUACGACCUGGCGGCCCUGGCCUGCAAGGGCCUGGACGCCCAGAUCAACUUUGGCCCGGAGGACUACGCAGACCAGCUGCGGGAGAUUGCGGGGUACACGCGGGACGAGGUGGUGGCGUAUGUGCGGCGCCGUAGCUCCGCCUUCUCCCGCGGCAAGUCCCGCUUCCGCGGCGUGUCCGGCCACAACGGGCGGUGGGAGGCUCGCAUCGGCUCCUUUGGUGGGCGCAAGAACGUGUCGUUCGGCGUGUUUGAGAGCGAGGAGGGGGCAGCAAGGCAGUACGACCGGGCCCUCAUCCUGGAAAAGGGCCGCACCGCCAAGACCAACUUCCCCAUCCGCGACUACGAUGCUGAGGUGGCGGAGUGCGGCACGGUGCGCGGCCCCGCCGCCGCCGCCGAGGCCGCCCGCACCACGCUGCCGCGCAACCGUGAGGCCACCGCCGACGAGAAGAAGCGGGCGGCAGUGAUCUAUGCUGAUGCACUGGUGCGGGCGCUGCGUCAGCCGCACCAGCAGGGGGGACGCGGUGGCGGCAGGGCCUGA